GUGCAUGUUCAGAAAAUAUACCUUUUACCGCCAAUCUAAAGAAUGGCUCACCUUGCCCGACUGAUGAAAAAUGCCACUUCGGAGAAGACUGCAUUGUCAAGCCCUAUAUUGGCCAUAAAACCCUUGCAGAAAGCUCCAUUAUGUUCAUGCCGCACGUGAAAAACCUUUCCUAUUUUUGUGAAUCAACAAACAAAAAGCGACGUCUGCACAACAGUGCUGCCCCGACAAAGCAAAACAAUAUGUGUGGCGGUGCGUCUGUCCUUGACGUCAUCUUAAAGAGCGACGACUUUAAAGAUUUAGCAGAUGCAAACCCGCUCAAGCACGUUGGCGUCACCUUUAAAGAAUGGCAAGAAAGGGCAGACAAACCUCAAAAAAUUGUUCUGACUUUGGAUGUGUCGGCUAGUAUGUGGGAUCGGGGUCGCAUUGAUUUCUUGAAAGAAGCUGCCAGGCACUACAUACAAACUAUACCUGAUGGCUUGAGGAGACUGGCUAUUGUAACAUUCUCCACAAAGGCCACAGUUGCCCACAAUAUGGACAUCGUCAAUUCGACCACACGGCAAGGCUAUAUUAACAAAGUGAAUGCUCUAGAACCUGAAGGUUGGACGUGUAUUGGGUGCGGACUUGAACUGGCACUGGAGUUGCUCGAUGCACCGUUUGAUCCUCCACAUGGCUCCCUCAUUCUCCUGAUAACCGACGGCCGAGAGAACCGGCCACCUUUUGUGGCGAGCGUCAUGCAAAAGCUCGAGAAGUCCCUCAUCGAAGUGAGCUCAUUUGCGAUUGGAAGAGGAGCUGACGAAAAACUUGAGGUUUUGGCAGCUGCAACGAAGGGUCAAUCGUUCUGUUUCCCAGACGGCCAACCAUUCAAUGGCGUAAACAUGGGCGUGGCGUUUGUGACAGCCAGUGCAUCCGAAGUGGAACCCCAAUGGCCCGUUACGGUAAGUUUAAGUGUUCCCAUUUUAACACAUUUGCCUCUACCUUUCUUGCCGUUCGCUUUUUUUUUGUGUGACUAA